AUGUCUGCCGACCCCAUUGAUCCAAAAUCCUCCUCCUCUUCUCCUUCUCUGGUUCCUCCUCAUCUUGCUCUUACAGUUCCGAAUAUCACUAGCUUCAUCAAAGUCACACUUGACAUUAAAAAGGGCCAAUAUAUAACAUGGUCAGAAUUGUUUAAGAUCCAUGCUAGAGCUUAUAAAGCUCUUGAUCAUAUCAUUCCUCCCUCACCAAACAAAGUGAAGCCCGGUUCUUCUCUGCGAGACACAGACCCUAAUCUUUGGUCACGUGUUGAUGCCGUUGUUCUACAAUGGAUAUACGUUACAAUCUCUGAAGAUCUACUCAACACCAUUCUUGAACGUGAUUCCACUGCUGAAUUAGCUUGGACCCGACUGAAGGAUAUCUUCUCCGACAAUAAGAACUCUCGAGCACUUUACCUGGACCAAGAGUUUACAAAGGUUUAA